UAUUAUCUGAAGUUGGAGAGAAGUAUGUAGAUGAAGAGGUAAAGAAAGCUUUGAUUGGUAUUAAGCAGAUGAAAAUUAUGAUGGAAAGAAAUGAAGAUAAGCACAUAGAUCUGAUGAAAACCUUGAAGAAGAGCAGUCAAGAAAAAAAGCAAGCCUUGCGUCUUAUGGAUGAAGUAAAAGCAAGAUUAGAAGAAGAAGAAAGACAAUGUCAAGUAACCUUGAAAAAUCUAUGGGAUGAAUGUGAAUCUUGUUUAGAAAGUAGCUGCAUAAGAUAUUAUACAACUUGCAAACGUGGUUUGUCAACAUUUAGAAGAAAGGUUGAAGAUUUCUUGAGGAAAAUACCUCCACUCAUUUUUCCUUUUCAUGAGGAUCAAGGAAAAGACAUCCAGUUUAAUGAAAAGCCUGAGAAAGAGGAUACCCAGCUAGUAAAAAUGGAAGAUUUAUUUAGCCAACUGUUAUCAGACAUGGGCUCCAUAUUUGACAGAAGUUUAACUUUUUUCAAGCAGAUGCAAAAAGAAUUUGAUCAAUCUUUUCAGACAUAUUUCAUGUCUGAGCUGGACUUGAAUGAUUCCCCCAGCACACCAGCUUUACCUGAGGUCACUACCAGAAAUGACAGCUCACAGAAAGGCUGGGAUAUACCUGUCUUCUUACAGGCAGUUUUUGAUUUCAGUAAGACUGUGUUUGAAGGUGUCAGCGAGGUGAUUACUGAAGUAUUUGAUGAAUACAAAGAUAAUAGAAGAGAUGUGCCAGAACAAGCUAAAGAUCCUGAUAGAAGUGGCACGUUCUCAAAAAUUGUGCCAGGGCGCCAGAGACCUCUGUGCAGGGAGCUUCGGGAGAACUCCUCUGGAUGCCCACAGUUUCAUGAGAGAUGCCAGAAAUGUCAAGACAAUCUUUUGCAUGAUUGCCCAAACAUUCCUGAACUGCACAUAAAGUUUGAUGAAGCCUUUAAGCUGGUUAAUCUCUCAGGGGAGCAGUACGAGCAGAUUCUCCAGGUGGUUCAGCAUCAUACAGAAGACACUUCCUACUUACUGAACAAAAUGAAAGAAAGAUUUGGGUGGGUGUCUGAGUUAUCCAAUAUGACCAUUGGACCAGAAAACAUUUUCAAUAUAGUUAAGGUGGUACCUGGGGAUCCCUCUGGUAAAAAUGAAACCAUGGUAGAGGUGAAUAUCCUGACUUCACCUACUUUCACCAUUAAAGUUCCUCCCAACUUAGACCCAAAGAGUGCUGAGUUCAUUGAAUACAUAGCUGGGAAAGCACUGCAACUAUAUAAGCAGAAUUUUUAAGUGGAAAAGAUGUGUGAAAUCUUUCUUCCUGUAAUCCAGUAUAUACUCCUUAGGUGGAAUACCCCUGAGCUCAACAUAUAGCCAAUUGUUAAAUGACUAUGGUUAAAAUAGUUGUAUAUCAAUAAAAUUUUGCUUAGGAAAUACUGUGGCAUAUGAGCUAGCAACUGAAAACUGCAGAAACCUUUUAACUAAAAAUCAAAUCCAUUUUAAUGUUCAUUUAUUUUAAAACGAUUUUAUGUUGUAAACUGGGCAAUUUUCAAUAACCAGCUACAGCUCUCGUUAUGCAAAGAUUUAAGAAAAUAAUCAGCUAUAAACAUAGAAGUAAUUCCUAUUUGCAUACUUAACUUCAAGCACAUUCUUAAGCCUUUUCAAGAUUGGUCCCUAC